AUGUUGUUGCCUCUGUUUGUGCUAGCCGUUAUACUCAAUAUGGGUGCAAAACUAAAUAAUUACAACAUAAAAAAACAUCCGUUGGAUAUAAGAGUGAAGAGAGAUGUCGUUGAGAACAUAACCAAUAACACGGAAGCUAUUUAUGAAGACAAUUCACUGAACGAUACGUCACAUGUUCAGAAUAAUACAUUUACUAUAAAUGAAACUACCGAAGCAUUGAUGACUUCGGCGCAAGAUGACGAAUCAGAAGAAGAAACAAAUACUGAGUCAAGUACUACGGUGACAUCCGCCGAUGAUCGAUUUAAAAAUUGUGAUGAACUGGUAACAAAUAAACCAGCUUCAGAAUAUGAAAAAAAUGAUGAUUUAAUAGUAGCAGUAAUAUGUAUGAACCACUUAACUUUAGAAAAUGAGACCCACAAAGAAUCUGGAGAAAUUAGUGAAGAAGAAAAUGUAGGAGAAAAAAACGAUCAAAAUACCGAAGAAAAUAUUGAAGGCCGUAAGCAAUAUGAUAGUGAACUGCCACAUGUUAGUUAUAUUGAAGACGACCGCCUUAUCAAACUUAUCUAUAAUCCUGGCAGAAAUAAUACAAUGCUUUUGCCUUCAAAAAGCCUUCAAACAAAAAACAUAACAGAAGGAUCGUCGGAUCGAGUGAAACGGAACACACCUUACAGUAAUAACGAAAAUAAUUACAGUAGCUAUCCGUAUCCAUACACGAAUUCAAACGGAUCAUGGAUUCAAAAACUGUUUCCUAGGACGUCUUUUCCUUAUGCAAGGAACUACAGCGGACCCGUAUGGGGAGUCAAUAGAUUCGAAGCAAAGAUUCCCAGUGUCAAUAAAACACCUUUUUAUAGCAAAUAUAAUUCUGCUACAGGACACAACACAAUCGAUAAUGUCUACAGACAGUCGGGUGAAGGAUUUUCAGGCACGUACGUGAACUAUACAAAUCUGUAUUCUAACUAUCCUAAUUAUCCAAAUAAUGCAAAUUCGACAAAUAUUUACAAUCCAAGUUACAACCAAUCUAAUAAUGGAUUUAAAAAUCUCUACAACAGUGAUAUUUACACAAAUAACUUCUACAAUAAUUACAAUCUCCAGAAUUCAACAAGUAACUCUACUAAUAAUAUCAACGGUUUCAACAGUAUCUCGCCCGGUGGCAAUCCGAAAUACGUUACACCCGGAUAUAACACGAGUAACACUACCGGAUAUAAAGUUACAACUACAACAACUCCUCCCAUUAUUGUCGAGAGUUGUUUUUUGUGCGUUUCAGUCGGGUGUCCCGCGUUCUUCAAGAAAAUCGGAUUCAUGUGUGUACCAGUUGACGAAGUGUAA